AUCCACUCUCCGAGCACCUCACAGGCCGAACAGUGCUCCUCUCUUGCCUUUGUGUCUGCAGAGCGAAGGCUUGAAGGAGUGAUCACAGGGGGAGAAUAUAGCUCCUAAGGAUGCUUGUAGAAGUUGGAUUUCUCUGCAGAACUUGGGAUGCUUGAGAACUUUCACUAACGGACCAACUUUUUCAAACUUUCCACAACAUUACAUUUCCCUUCCCUUUUCACAGGGUUUAGAUCAAACUUUUUGAUCGUGCAGCUUCAUACUGUGAAGUCCAAACUCGGGGGUGUGUGGUAGCUCCGGACCAUGCUCUCCCUGUGCUUGUUCCUGCUCUCUUGCCUGAGCCUUGUGCCUCUGGCCCCAGCUGAGAAGGGCUUGGAGUUCCCACAGUAUGAUGGGAAGGACCGGGUCCUGGACAUCAAUGACAAGAACUACAAGAAAGCCUUGAAGAAGCACAGCAUGGUGUGCAUGUUUUAUCAUGGACCCAUACCAGACAACAAGGAGCUGCAAAAGAAACACCAGAUGACUGAGCUGGUGCUGGAGCUUGUUGCUCAGGUUAUGGAAGAGAAGGAUAUUGGGUUUGGGAUGGUCGACUCCCACAAAGAUGCAAAGGUGGCAAAAAAACUGGGCCUGGAGGAGGAGGGCAGUGUGUAUGUUUUCAAGGCCGAUCGGGUGAUCGAGUUUGACGGCUUGCUCUCGGCUAACAUUCUGGUGGAGUUCUUGUUGGACUUGUUGGAGGAGCCAGUGGAGGUAAUAGGAAAUGCUCUGGAGCUGAGAGCCUUUGAUAGGAUGGAGGAAGACAUUCGCCUCAUUGGUUACUUCAAGAGCGAGGACUCUGAGCACUAUGAAGCAUUUAAAGAAGCUGCAGAGCAGUUCCAGCCCUACAUUAAGUUCUUUGCCACUUUUGAGAAAUCUGUGGCCAAGGAGCUGACUCUGAAGCUGAACGAGGUGGAUUUCUACGAGCCCUUCAUGGAGGAGCCAGUCACCAUCCCAGGCAAACCUCACUCUGAGGAGGAGCUGGUGGAAUUUAUAACUGAACACAGACGACCAACUCUGAGAAAGCUGCGUGCAGAAGAUAUGUUUGAGACCUGGGAGGAUGACAUUGAGGGCAUCCACAUUGUUGCGUUUGCAGAGCAGGAGGACCCUGAUGGUUAUGAAUUCUUUGAGAUCCUGAAGGAGGUGGCAAGAGACAACACUCACCUGCCUGACCUCAGCAUCGUUUGGAUUGACCCAGAUGACUUCCCUCUGCUGAUCCCCUACUGGGAGAAGACCUUUAAGGUGGACCUGUUCAGACCACAGAUUGGAGUUGUCAAUGUUACAGAUGCCGAUAGUGUGUGGAUGGAGAUGGAUGAUGAGGAGGAUCUGCCCACUGCUGAGGAGCUGGAGAACUGGAUCGAGGAUGUUCUCUCUGGCAAAGUCAACACUGAGGAUGAUGAUGAUGAUGAUGAUGAUGAUGAUGAUGAUGAUGACGAUGAUGAUGAUGAUGAUGAAGAUGAUGACAAUAAUGAUGAGGAGGACGGUGGCAACAAUGACGACAAUGAUGACGACGACGAUGAUGAUGACGAUGAUGAUGAUGACGACGACGACGACGACGACGACGAUGAUGACGAUGAUGAGGAAUAAUCCGUAGCCUAAUCCUAGAAAAUGUUGACUCCUCUGUAUUUUUCUUCAGGUUGAGUUGAGCAUGGAUUUCAGACAAACUG